CAGUGUUAUUAGUAGGCAGGAACAGUACUGGCUUCAGAUUUCAUUGGGCUUGUGCAACUUCCUGAUCUGUUUAAUAGAAUAAGCGCCAUUAUUAUUUUACCUUAAAGAGUCAAGGCAGAAUAACAGGAGCUGAGCAAAACACCAGAAUUAAAGUCAACAAGGCUUUCCAGAGAGUGGUACAGUCAGCAAAACACAUCACUGGGUGUUUACUCACUAACCUCAAGGAUAUCUACACCAAACGAUAUCAAACCUGGGCAAAGGACCCUCGUGCUGCAAUCAGCGGAAAUCAAAUAGAGAAAAUGUCUCAUGAAGACCAAGAAUAUUCUCCUGCCAAAAAGAUAAAAAGACAAGGUGAACGUGAACUGAAAAUAUCUAACCGUUUCUCUAUAAGAAUCAGUGAUGGAUUCAUACGUACUGUUGGCAAUGUUAUUGCACCUUUGGUAGCUGCACAUGCAUCGUUACAGAUUAUAAGAGAGCUGAGAGACUACUGUGAAGAAUGCCCUCUGUUCAGUACUUCAGUAAAUGACACAAUGAACAGCUUCUCUACUGACUCAAAGAGAUUUAUCAGACUUGUCCCAGUAGAGGAUGUUCAGUUGGAAGAAACAUUUGUAAAAGUACUGAAGCAGUUUGCAGCACGUACAAGACAAAUUCGCCCAGGGAGCAUUAUCAUUGAUGCUGAAUUUUUACAACAGCCCUCUGCAUUAAAUAUAGUUAAAAUUAUACAGAAGCUGAAGUCUGAAAUGAAAACAAUAAUGCCAGCUGGAAAUUGUGUAAUUGAAGAAAUAAAAGAAAAAGAUGAUCAUUAUCCAGAGCCUAAAGUUCAAGCAAUGGACCUUGCAUUUUAUACCUUGCACAUGUUGAAAAAGGAACUUGGCAGAAUGAAACAUUCAAGGAUAGCCGAGGUGAUGGAUUUUCAUAAUGCAGAGGAAAUGAUAUCACGGAUUAUAAAAGAAUCGCACUCCUCUACAAAAGUGUGCCUUUUGUCACAAAAUGGAAAGGGAAAGAGUUUUAUUCUAAAUCUCUUACUGCUUAUGACUGCAGACACUGAUGAAGAAUAUCAGGAAUAUAUCAAAAACAAUGAAGGCAUUCUUCCAUUAACACAGGAGCAUCUUAUGGGAAAUGCAGAAAUGAUACCAGAUGUUUUUGCAGAGGAACUUGAAAAAUAUGAAGAUGAAAUUGACAGUGACCAGAAGAAAGAGAUAAUUACACAAAUUAUACAAAACUGUGAUUAUACAUCAUCAAUUUCAAAUGAUAAGAUGUCAGAAAUGAUCAAAGCUGAAGAGAAGUCAUUUUCUGCUCUUAAACAAUAUUGUAAUGGUCAGAGUCUCAGACACUUUCAAUCCUAUUUACUUCCUGAAAAAGGAACAAAGAGAUCUUAUAUGGCAACUACGAAGACUGUUGUGCGUCUCCGUUAUGGGCGGAUUUAUCAAAUGAAAGUUGAAUAUAUGAGCAAAGAAGAUCUUCAAAACAGCUUUAUGAACUUGUAGAAAUUGUAAGAAAUCGUAAGUUAUUGCUUUGUUUAUCAA